GGCAGGCCAAAACAAGUUAGUUCGCCACACUGGCUCGAUUUGAUUGAAGUCUUUUUUCUUGCGUAGCACGCUUUGCACCAUUAGUGUCUUCUGUUGGAGGAGAAAAGCUUAGGCAGUAGGUGGAGAAACCCAGCCCAGCUCUGGCAGACCCUUCAGAAUCCGCGGAUUGCUCGAACACAACUUCUCACAGGCGGUGACAAAUUUGAAUUCUAUUCAACUGGUGAAUUCGCAAGCUGAACUCUGCUGCUAAAGCAAUUAGUUAGUCGCUCUGCAAGCAACUAGGUGCCCGUGGCAUUUGUAUUAUUGAUUAUCUCUUGAAGUGAGCCCAGGGCCAGGGAGUGGGCAGGUGGCGGUACGCGGUGCGUUCCGUAAUGUUCCGGCUCAAACUGCACAAUGUCUGUCGCCCGGUAGUCUUCACAGCGACUCGAAGUCAUGCAGGGAUUGCAUUGUCCAGGCCCAGGCCUGCUGCAGUGCGCACGCUCUGCCGCAAGCCGCCGGUGGCCUCGCGACCCCACCGCCGGAGCUUCCAGACCAGCGGGCGGCGAGCUGCUCCCAUUCCACUAGGCCUGCUGGCAGCGGUGUCUUUGCGAGCACCAGCCAUCAUUGCGACGCGAGUGAUACGGCGCUACCUGUGGCCAUGGCUCAAGCCGGAGACGCGCGCCAUCCUGAGUCGGCAGCUGGUGAUCGCCGGGCUUCUGUCGUACGUCGGACUGGCUGGCUAUGCGGCGUCGCAUACUGAUAUCGUCAAUGGCCGUCGACGGGUACUGUGGCUUACCGAGUCAGAAAAGCUGUUCCUGGACACCGCAGCACGCGAGGGCAUUCUGCAGUCGAUUCAAGAAGAUGCCAAUGCUGUUAUUCUGCCCAACAACCAUCGGCUGUACAAGAAAGUCUCCCGUGUCAUGGUGCAACUCGUCAAGGCUAAUCCAUGUGCCCAGCAAGUCGACUGGGAGCUGGCCGUGGUUGAUUCACCCGUGAAGAACGCCGUGUCUUUCCCGGGUGGCACCGUCGUGGUCUACACCGGCAUACUGGAUGUCACAAAGGAUCGCAAUGACCUGGCGGUGCUGCUGGGUCACGAGAUGGCACACACUGUUCUAAGACAUCAGGAAGAAGCUGUCAGUCAGCACAAGCUACUGAACAUGAUCAUCCUGCCGGUGACUAUUGCAGUCAAUGCUUUCACAGGUGUUGGUUUCUCUUCUUUCAUCUACUUUGGAGAGAAAUGGUUCUCCAAGGUGUUUGUCAGUAUGCCGUACUCGCGUAUGCGUGAGAAAGAAGCUGAUGAUUUGGGCAUGGAAAUGGCGGCCAGGGCAUGCUUUGACAUGCGCAAUGCACCUGAGUUUUUCUCGCGCAUAUCCGAGAUCCCAGAGGAUAUGGAGUGGCUGUCCACGCAUCCGACCGGGGAGCACAGGAGACAGGCGCUGACGAAUCGUCUCACAGAGAUGAUGGAGAUAACUCGUGAAGAAUGCGCCGGGUAUUCUAAGUGGUUCAACCGCACCGUUCUCCGGCAGUCGACUGGCGUAGGGAUGAAGAACCAAUCUCAUUUACCGGGUUCUGGAAAGCAGCAAAGCUCAGCGGAGCAGCCUACGACAUCACCAACGACAUCAUCGACGACAUCAUCAUCACCGCCGCCGUCAGCACAGACAACUAGCCCACCAGUAGACCUAGUGAAGACAACACCUGGUCACUCCGAGCAAGAAGCGCCACCGACACAAGCACCAGCAACCCUGCCAGCGCCAGCGCAAGCCCACACGCAAAAGCCAGCACAGCGUUCGCAGCAACAGCAGCCGGCCACGGUGCACCCUGGUAAUGCGCCGAGCGUGCGUUCCAUGUCGGCGUCCUCUCUGACCGCAAUUCCGCCGUCAACGAAGAUCAUGGUGAAGACCACGACAGCAUCGUCAACACCGUCGUCACCGUGAACUGUGUCGCUAGUCGUACCCGUCUUGACUUUAGUAUCCAUCAUGUCUGACUACGGGGCUCUCUCUCUCUUUUUCUCUCUCUCUCUCUUUUUCUCUCUCUCUCUUCUCUCUCUCUCUCUCUCUCUCUCUCUCUCUCUCUCUCUCUCUCUCUCUCUCUCUCUCUCUCUCUCUCUCUCUCUCUCUCUCUCUCUCUCUCGCUAUCUCGCUAUCAUUUUCAUAUCAGUAUGUACUGGCUGGUGAACACAGGGAUUUGGUUGGUCGACACCGACUUAUGACGCCGACUCCACUGGAAGUAUGCUUCAGGUACGACUCCCUACCCAGCAGCCCAUACUGCGCAGCCUCCUAGUCAUAUCAACAUUGAUCUUUACAUUUCGUCCUCGCCACCCAGUGCAUGUGACGUGUAGCAUUCCCUGUGUCUAGUAUGCCGUGUUGUGCAGCAAGAAACUGAUCACAUGACCUAGGGAUGUGUAGCAUUCCCUGUGUCUAGUAUGCCGUGCUGUGCAGCAAGAAACUGAUCACAUGACCUAGGGAUGUGUAGCAUUCCCUGUGUCUAGUAUGCCGUGCUGUGCAGCAAGAAACUGAUCACAUGACCUAGGGAUGUGUAGCAUUCCCUGUGUUAGUAUGCCGUGCUGUGCAGCAAGAAACUGAUCACAUGACCUAGGGAUGUGUAGCAUUCCCUGUGUCUAGUAUGCCGUGUUGUGCAGCAAGAAACUGAUCACAUGACCUAGGGAUGUGUAGCAUUCCCUGUGUCUAGUAUGCCGUGUUGUGCAGCAAGAAACUGAUCACAUGACCUAGGGAUGUGUAGCAUUCCCUGUGUCUAGUAUGCCGUGUUGUGGAGCAAGAAACUGAUCACAUGACCUAGGGAUGUGUAGCAUUCCCUGUGUCUAGUACGCCGUGUUGUGCAGCAAGAAACUGAUCACAUGACCUGGGGAUGUAUAUGUGUAGGAGGACUAGAAUGUCUUUUUUUAAUUUUAUUACAGGGCUUCCACCCUGACCAUCUUGUCAUCCAACUUUACGCAAUUAAAUUUUAGUUUUGUUGUCGUUGUCGUCGUUGUUGUCGUUGUUGGCCACAGUCUGGUCUAUUCAAUUAUGUGUGUGUGUACAUGUGUGUGUGUGUAUGUGUGUGCGUGUGUGUGUGCGCGCACGUGUGUGUAUGUGCAUGUGUGCGUGUGUUCAUCACGGUGCCUAUCUUGUACAUAUCCCCCAGAUGUGGUCCGACCCGGGACACUGAAUACUUUUUAUUACUUUUCGACAAUUUUUCUCUGCCCUGAUAUCCCCCCCCCCCCCCCAACUGAUCAUGACUUAAUGGACUAUCUGAUACAUAUCUCCUUGUGAACGUCGCCAUCCGCUUAUAUUCUCAGCUACUCAAUGCACAGACGGUGCAGUGUACAUAUUAUAGUCUUGCAAAAUUUGCCUUUGUCCAUUUCUUUUUAGGUGUUUCCCAUAUCCAGCUUUGUUUUUUUGUUAUUAUUAUUGUAUCAUUUCAAAUGGUGAACGGUACUAUUCGGCCAAUAAAAUGUAAAGAACUCUUCCUCUCCUCUCCUCCAUGCGCUCUCACAGCCGACUCACUGCUACCCUCAGUACUUACACACACCAACCAAGGAAUCAGUUGCCCUGUUGGAAUAGCUGUGUGUGUGUUUUUAGAACUUUUUUGUAUUCAAGUGAAAUGCUAAUAUUUCAAUUAUAUUUGUGUCAGAACGGUUUCUCCUCUUCA